CCACUUCCUCUAGGAAAAAGUGGUCAGCUAUUUUUUUUUUUUAGAUUACAUCUUUGUGUUUUUAGCUGUUAGCCCCGUGUCUGCUAAGUUACUUUGCAGUUCACUUUUCGGUUCAAAUUCUCCCAUUCGUCUUGUCCGACCGCCGCGCCGUGGACGAGAGCAGCCACAAAUUGUCUGAAAAGUUACUAUGGAAGAAGUACAGCAGGGCAGCAAUGGCACUGAAUCACAGACUGCAACCAUUCCCACUGCCAUCACAGCCUCUCAGUUCUCACAGAUAGCCCAGCAGAUGUCUCUUGGAGGUUCUUCUGUGGCUGUUGUGCAAUUGCCAGGGGGUCAGCUACAGGUUCAAGGUGUGAUCCAGUCGGCACAGUCGUCGGUCAUUCAGUCCCCUCAGGUGCAUACUAUACAGGCCCAGUGUACAGAUAGCGAAGAUUCACAGGACUCAUCAGAUAGUGGAGCAGCACAAAACACCAGAGAAAUACUGGCAAGACGGCCUUCAUACAGAAAAAUCCUAAAUGACCUUUCUUCUGAGGAAGUGGCACACAUUGAAGGCAAAGAUAGCCCAGCAUCCACAGGUGUUACCGUACCAACCACUCCAAUCUACCAGACCAGUACUGGCCAGUACAUUACCAUAGCGGCUAAUGGCACAAUUCAGCUGGCAACUCCCGGGUCUGAAGGCCUUCAGGGGCUACAGGCUGUCACUAUGGCCAACUCAGGAGGAGCACAGCAAGGCCACGCCAUCCUUCAGUAUGCCCAGACACCUGACGGCCAGCAGAUACUUGUGCCUAGCAAUCAGGUUGUUGUACAAGGUGCGGGAGGAGAAGUUCAGACCUACCAGAUCCGCACAACACCCACAUCAGCUUCCAUUCCUCAGACUGUAGUUAUGACCUCUCCUGUUGGACUGUCACAGGGUAAAAGUGAUGAUCCAACAAUGAAGAGGGAAAUCCGGCUUGCAAAAAACAGAGAGGCAGCACGUGAAUGUCGGCGGAAGAAAAAAGAGUAUGUUAAAUGCCUGGAAAACCGUGUUGCUGUUCUUGAGAACCAAAACAAGACUCUGAUUGAAGAACUGAAAACAUUAAAGGAUCUUUACUGCGUUAAAACAGAAUAACCUGUUUGAAUCGAGGAUAAACAAGGAUUGAGACCGUGUAAAAGUGGCACAGCUCAGCCAUUUGGACAUGAUGGGGUUUCUGGGAACACUUCAUUUCAGGCUGAGAGUCUCUUUUUUUUAUACUCUGUUUAAUAUUAAAGUGACUUAUGGCAGUGAGAUUUACUGGACAAAUAAACAAAUUGGCCAGCUGCUGUUUUUUAAGAAAAAAAAUUUGCUAAUGCUAUAACAUUUAUAGUUGUGUACAUUUUUAAUACUGGGAGGUUUGAAGUUGUGAGCUUUAACAGUGAGUCUGAUUUUCCAAAUGUAUCCCUUUCCAUUUUCUUGCGUUUUUAAAAAUGUUGCUGUUGUACUUAUUUAAUCUAACAGCAAUUCUGACUGUGUGAUUUUCAUACAGACAUAAUUUCCGUUUAUUAUGUGAACCAGCAAUUUCCCCUCAUUUUUCUGUAAGAAGAUGUUACAAUUGUCAUUCCUUAUUUUUGUGCAAUGGAAUAUAAAGGGUAAAAGAAAAGCUGUAGGUUUCCAUUAGCGGCGGUUCCGAGGUAAAUCCACCAGACAGGAACCUCUGACAGGGCCGAGCCCUCCUCAACCCUUCAGCCAGCGUGUCUCCUUUACACCGUAGCACCACGCAAGAACCAUUGACCAAACAAAAAACACUGCUCACCACGAGAUGGCAGUAAUGCACCUUUUUUCCCUGUUCGCAAACAGCCAAUAGCAUGAAAGGAAAGGAAUGCGGCAAAAGAAGAAAGAGAGGAAAAAGUGUUUUUGUUUCCUCUUUUAGCAUUCACAGUGGUAGCGAUUGACAUCAAAAGAAUCAAACUCAAAGAUGAACUUGGAGCAAAAAUGUUCCUGGUUCAAAUGAGAUGUGUUCAUUUGAUUUCUGUCCAUGUGAGAGGACUGAUUGUAAUUUCCUGCUAGAGGAAUACCCAAUCAGCAGAAACAACCUCCUGGGAAUUCCUCUAGCCGAUCGUAGAACCUCUCCUGCUACAGGAAUGUGUUUUGCCCCAGCCCUGCAAAGGUUCCUGAGGACCUCUUUUGUAGGGCCAAUCCUGGUAAUGGGGAAACGGGUUAAUGAUCCAACCCCUGAUAAACUACCCAGAACCCCCACUAGUGGAAAUGCACAGAUUAAGUAUGGUUUGUUUGGAUGUUACUUGGCAGUUACUUAGACAAUCAGGGAAAAAAAAAGCACAGUGUCCAGGUAAUAUUUAUUGUGUACAUCUUUGGAGGAGUGGGAAAGAAGAACAAACCAUGUAUGAAAUGUUGCUGAUUCUGCAAGUAAAUAAAUAUAUUUUCACUCAAGAAAGGGUGUGACUAAUGUAAUGUUUGUUGGACAUGAAAAUGUUGCCUUUUGAUAAAGAUCUGUUGCUUUUAGCCUGUGAACUGUUCCAAGUUUUGAAAGUUUGUUACACGAGGUCCAAAACUAAAACAAGUAUUUUCUUUUUUUCCCAGUUAGACGCCAGACAAAUAUAUUUGUAGUGAUUUUUAACUGAGCUUAAUGUGAGUAAAA